GCUUGCGCGCGUUCACGUGGUCAACAUGAUUUUAUCUGCACAGAUUUGCUGUUUUCCUCCACGCAACGUGCCAGCAACGCCGCGUCCGAAGUUCCGACGUUUUCACAGACGUGAUGGACCACAGUCACCAAACUACACACCAACAAAGGUCACAGGCCUGACAGCACAAACCCACAAUGCCAUGCCUUCCUUUGCCGAACCUCCAGGAUAAAGAGGCAGAUGGGGGAAGUGAGAUUCAAGAAGAACCAUUAGCCUUAGCAGCCAGUGAUAGUAGCCCAGAGAAGCAGCAGAAACAGGAAGCGAGCCAUUGUGACAACAUGGAAGGGACUCCUGGACUUUGGGCUCUUGACUACAACAGUCAUGUGGCUUAGUAUAUAUACAUGGAAGUGCCAGUCUAAUGCACUCGCAAACACGCUCAACUCUGAGGGACACACAAGUCAAAAACAGCAAGACGCAAUCAUGAAGGUGUUCAUUGUAUUAGCCGUUGCAGCGCUGUCUGGCUGUCAUGCCAACCUUUUCUAUGCUGAUGCACCCAAGCCACAGCUGGAAGUGCUGACUGAUGCUUUCUGGGAUUACAUUGCCAAGGCCACCCAAACAGCUGAUGACACCCUCCAGAUGAUCAGGAAAUCACAGUUUGGACAGGAAGUCAAUGCCCGCCUGGCAGAUAGCACUGACAUAGCCAGCAAGUAUGCAGUCAGCCUGCAGGAGCAGCUUCCCCCGGCAGCCCAGGACCUGAUGAUCAAGAUCACAGCAGAGGCUGAGGUGCUGAGAAAUGUGCUGACCCAGGAACUGAGCACUGUCAGGGACAAGCUGGAGCCCUACACCGAGGACAUGAAGGCCCAGAUUCAGCAGAGAGUGGAGCAGCUCAAACAGGAGCUGGCACCAUACGCAGACUCCCUGGACUCUGAGGCCCUGAAGACCACCCUGAUGCAGAAGAGCGAGGAUCUAAAGACCAACUUGGAGCAGAGUGUGAAGGAUCUGCAGGCUCAGCUGGGGCCCUACACCGAUGACCUGAAGCUGAAGGUGGACCAGCACCUGCAGAACUUCCAAGAUAGCGUGGCCCCCAUGUCCGAGAAGGUCCAGGUUGAGCUGAGUCAGAGAGCCAAUGUGGUGAAACAGAUGGUGGCCCCCUACGCUGAGGACCUGAGGGAAAAGCUGGACCCCUUCGCUCAGGACCUUCAGGACCAACUCAUGUCCCUCUACCAAUCCUUUGUUGAAGGCAAAUAAGUCAACCUCCACACCUGCUUCAUCAUUUAUCAAGAUGCUGGCCUUGUUUGGUCUACCUCUGUUUGAAGCAUGAAAUAUCUGAAUUGUACUGUAUACCAAAUUAAACUAAUAUUUAUUGCUUGACGCAAAGCAAACCAUUGCACUUGUCCAAAAUGUAAAUACUAAGUUUUUAUUGUGUGUUGUGAAGUUCGAAGCUGUAACUUUUUUGUAAUUUCUGUAAGUUAUAGAAAAUAAAAAGAUGAAUCUGGAAAAAUA